UUCGCAGUAAAAAUAGGUUUGAAAUGAUUCUCUCUAACUUUUAGACCUUACCAUAAACAUUCUAGAGUCUGAAAACCUUCACGUUCGUUGAUGUUAAGUACCAGGUGAAAUUAUCUUGCACUUAUCUUGUAGUGUUUAUUGUUUUAUCACCGACGACUGUAGAGAGGAUGAAAACUACAUGGGGUGCAUACUGGGGUGAGUAAAAAAAAAAUGAUAACUCUGACUCACUCAUUCACUCAUUCAGUCUCAGCAUAGAAUAAACCACACAGAAGCCAUCUAUUUCUCCAAACUAUCGGCGCAUAUUCAUCAUAACCACAUAUAGGUUUUUUUCCAACUUGUCUGAUGAAACGCUAAUGAAUCCCACCCACAGGUAUAGUCAGAUAUUUGCACAUACACACACAAACACACAGACAGAUAUCAGUGCCAGCUCAGGAGAACUCAGGAAAGAAUCACCAUGAGGACCUCCAUGUGCGCCAGUAAACACACCUCCACAACAAUGUCUCCUGCACCAGCCUUUUUGUGGUGGUCAGGUCUUUUUUCCCUCUUGGUCCUCCUUCCUCUGAUCCAGUCAUGUGAAAAAGGAACGGCGCGAGACUGUGCAGAAGCAGAGUUCGCUCCCGGGUCCGACCUCGCUGGAGAAGGCUUUGACAUCACCAAGAUGCAGCGGAAAGGUUCUUUCGUCAUCAACAUGAAAAAAUGGAAACAGAAGGACAAAUCCUGCACCCUGUGCCGGAACCCUUACAUGGAGGGGAAGAAGCAGAAGCUCCCGGUUUCUGUGGUGGACUGGAGACCAACCCAGAAGUGCAGCAUGAAGGUGUCCAGCUCCAUAUACCAGUCCAGUGAGUCUCUGCUAAGCUCCAGCACCUCCUCUGUCGAAAAUAACUGGAACAUGAAUUUGGGAAUCGACAUGAAGAGGGGUGAAGGGUCGCUCACACUGGCAGGCAGCAACUCCAAGCUGGCCGAGUAUUCGAUGGAGAAAACCAAAAAGGACAGGUUCAGUUUCACCAGUCACAGUGUUUCCUGUGGAUAUUACAAUUACAGGGUUUCUAACAAGCCGUUAAUUCAUCCUGAGUUUAAACAAGCCCUGAGUCAGCUACCCAAGCAGUACAAUCCUCAGUUCAAGCCACGGUUCUACAAGCUCAUCGACACCUUCGGCACUCACUACAUCACCAAGGUGACCCUGGGAGGGAAGGUCCACUCGGUGACCAGUAUCAGACAGUGCCAGACGUCCCUGCAGGGUCUGAGCGUGGACGAGGUGAAGACGUGUCUAGACGUGGAGGCGUCUGCCAGCGUGAUGGGGAAAGCUAAAACCAACAUUAACAGCAAGCACUGUGACGAAGCCAAGGCCAAGACCGAGGGUAAAAACAGCUUCUCCAGCAGCUUCAACGACCGAUUAACGGAGAUCUCAGGAGGCCACACCACGGAGCCUGAGCUCCUCUUCUCCGCUAAUAAAGAUCCCAGCGCUUAUAAAGAGUGGCUCUCAUCCGUCCCGGCCCACCCGGAUGUGAUCUCGUACUCUCUUCAGCCUCUCCACGAGCUUCUCCCCAGCAACAACCCGACCCGAAAGAACCUGCGCAAAGCCCUUCACGACUUCAUCCUGGAGAAGUCUCUGUGGAGAAACUGCUCUGAGCCGUGCAGCACCGGAAUCAAACCCGAUCCCAAAGAACCGUGUUUGUGUUCAUGCAGGAAUAACCCUGGCGUGACCGCUGACUGCUGCCCGUCCAAACGCGGCAUUGCUCGGGCCAAGGUGACGGUACUACGGGCGUCGGGGAUGUGGGGAGACCACACGACCGGCACGGACGGCUACGUCAAAGUUUACGACAAAAACAGCAUGAUGAUCGGACGCACGCCGGUGAUCUAUGACAACAACGAUCCCCACUGGGCCAUGACCUUUGACCUCGGUGAUGUCAUUCUGACAAAUGUCGACCCUUUAAAGCUGGAGGCGUGGGACGAGGACAACAAAUGGGAUGACGACCUGCUCGGUGCCUGCACUGUCCCCCUGAAAGCGGGUGUUUUACAGGAUUCCUGUAAUUUAAAUCACGGCAUGCUGUAUUAUAAAACGGAGGUGGUGUGUGCGCCGAGUUUAGCAGGUCCGUCAUGCACCGAUUACGUCGGCUCUCCCAUGAAUUUUAAUCUGGAGAAGGCGUACGUGUCCCGGCACUCUCGGCCCGUUCCGCAGGACAUGCUGCAGGAAAUGGGCGUGAUUCUUGACGAAGCUCCGCUAACUGUUAAGCAGAUCGAAUACGAUGCUAAUAAAAGUGUCAUGCAGCUUCUGUAGCGAAGCUGAGUACCUUCUUAACUCCAGUUAUGAUAUUUAUGAUUUAAACAGCAAAACUGACAGAAUCCAUGUACUCGUUAAACCAGUGUGCAAAUCCGAUUAAAAGUUUAUUCAAUUAAGUAAGAAAUAAAACACGAUGAGAUGGAGCGAAGUUGAUUAUUUUCCUAUAACAGCACAUCCCCAAGUGUUUUAUUUCCUUACAACACGGCAAUUUGAUAACACAUUUGAAUUAAUUUUUUAAAAAGCACGCUUUUUCCACUCAUAGUAACAUUUAAUAUCGUGUGGGACAUCCGCUAAACAUGUUUUCGCUUACAUUAUAGCAGCUAUAAACAGUCAUUCCCUCACCAGCCCUCUCUUUAAUAUUCUCUCUCUUGACGUUAAUAAGACAAAAAAAAAAAAAAAAGCAGUUCAUUAUAGUACGUUACUUAGAAACCACAAAGAAGCUUUACCUCUGACUGUUACACAGCGCCGACGCUGGAGACCCUUCCAUAAAAGGGUUAACAUGCCGUAGCCUUUGUUUCAAUAUUUGUGAAUCGUUGUUCAUUUUCAUUGCAGUUUAAAUAUUUACAUAUUUAUAUUCAUAUGUAUCCAUUCAAUAUUGUGCUGUGCGUCACCUUUACAGUAUUUUAUAUAUAUAUUUUUAUAUACAUACAUAUACAUAUAUAUAUAUAUAUAUACACACACACACACAC